UGAGACUCGAGUUUCAUUAAUAUCGUAGACAAAGCCUGAUUUGACGAUCAAGUCGUGAAGGAAUAAUCGACAGUACACAUGUUCACGGAGGAUUGACAGUGGCGAAUGCAUUCUGAACAAAUAUGAAUCCACAACAUAUGCAACAACAAUGUCCACUUUAUGGAGCUCCACAAGAAAGUGCACCUUAUGAAAAGCCUAAUACCAACUUACCUCCAAAAGGAACGCAAGAUUUAUAUACAUACCCUAUAGAAAGACCAUCACCUGGUCCACUGGCAACUAAUAAUGCUCAGCCUACAAUUAAUGCUCCACCUAUUACAAGACCAUCUUAUCAUGUAAACGACAUACAUGGACAAGCACCUAAUGCACAACUUGAAACAGUACCACAACAGCCAAAUCACAAUAACAUAGUGGAUCAAAUGUCAAACAUGGCACUAACUGGAUCCCAAAGGCCUCCCUUGUCUCAAAGUUUUAUACAACAAACAGAUAGAACAAUGCCAACAAUGCCUUUGUCUUCAGCCAUAAAUGGAGUCAAUAACCAGAAUCAUUAUCCACCUCAAGGUAAUUCGAGUAUGAAUAAUAUACCAGUAGUACAGAAGUCUGAACAAGCAGCACCUAAGCCAUCCUUGUAUCAUCAACAAGGGCCUUCUACAUCACAACCAUCUAAUCUUCCACCAUCUGGAGGAUCUCAAUUUCCUGGAAAAAUGUCAUACUCAAAUCAACCUCCUCAAAGUUCUCCAGGAACAAAUAUUCUAAGAAGCACUACUGGUACCUUGCCACUAAUGGAUUAUCAAAGCCAAAUGUCAACUCAGAAUAAGUUUUAUGCUCCUCCAAUAAAUCAACCUAAUGUAGCAGAACCAUUUCUUUCCAAUAAAUCAACCAGUAUGCUACCAGCUUGUUCAAGUCAACAACCUUAUGGGCAAUAUCCAUCUCAAAACCAAUCUACAUUAACAUCUUCAUCUCAACCUUCUCUAGGACUAGCUCCUACAAUAAACCAGCAAAAUAUGUCUGGUCCUCCUUUACCUGGAUCGCUUUCCCCUGCUCCAUCAAUGCCGAGUCGACAAAGUUUAUCUGGACUACCAUUACCUGGACAUCUUCAAAAUUCACCGGCAAUAAAUCAAAAUUUUUUGAGACCGCCUUUACCUGGUCAAAAUAAUGAAUUAUCAGGGACUUCACUACAAGGGCAACCAAAUUUAUCAGGUUCUCAUGUAAAUCAAAACAUGACUGGACCUUCACCAUCACAAAAUCUUCAAUCACAGUAUUCAUGUAAUAAUCAAAUGUCAGAACAAAGAAAAUAUUCUGCAAGCGCGUCUUUACCAGGACAACAAAACCUCAACUCUUAUAAUCAUCUAAAUCAUCAGCAUUCCGAACCAAGCCACCAACAAGGCUAUCAGCAAUUAAAUUAUGGCUAUUCUGGACAACUUAAUGCAUACAAUCAAACAAGUCCAUAUCAAACUGGUUUGUCUAGUCCUACUGGUGGUUAUCAAUCCAGUGCUCAAUCUCAGCAAGCAAGAAGACUUGAUCCUGAACAAAUGCCUAGUCCUAUUCAAGUCAUUCAAGAUGAUCAAAGACUCAAAGGUGGUGUUUUCGCUACAAAUCAAAAAGGAUUAGUUCCGCCAUUAGUUACUACAAAAUUCACUGUGGAGGAUCAAGGAAACGCAUCACCUCGCUUUAUCAGGUCAUCUAUGUAUUCUGUGCCAACAACGGUAGAUAUCAUUAAGCAGACGCAAGUCCCGUUUGCUCUCAUACUUAGCCCAUUAGCUCAAGUAGAGGAGGGUGAAUAUGAACCACCUAUUGUAGAUAUGGGAGAUAUUGGUCCAGUACGUUGCAUUCGUUGUAAAGCUUAUAUGAGCCCAUUCAUGCAAUUUAUUGAUGCCGGUAGACGGUUUCAAUGCAUGUUUUGUAAAGCUACUACGGAAGUACCAGCUGAAUAUUUUCAACAUUUGGAUCAUACAGGACAGAGAAUGGAUCGUUAUGAACGUCCUGAAUUGAUACUUGGGACUUAUGAGUUUAUAGCCACUAAAGACUAUUGUAGAGAUAACACAUUUCCAAAACCACCAGCAAUUAUAUUUAUCAUUGAUGUUUCUUACAACACCGUGAAAUCGCGUUUAGUGAGCUUGCUAUGUAACCAGAUGAAAAAAAUUAUUCGCAACCUGCCAGUUGAGAUAGGAGAAAAGAAAUCUAAAAUGAAAGUUGGUUUUAUUACUUAUAGCAGCAGUGUUCAAUUUUAUAAUCUUAGAGCAAGUUUAGCUCAACCUCAAAUGAUGGUUGUCGGAGACGUGCACGAUGUAUUUAUGCCUCUUCUCGAUGGUUUUCUGGUCGAUCCAGUAGAAAGCGAAGCAUUGAUUGACAGUCUUAUGUCUCAAAUACCAACCAUGUUUGGGGAUACUAAAGAAACUGAAAUAAUUCUUGCUCCUGCUAUCCAAGCUGGCCUUGAAGCAUUAAAAGCAUCUGAAUGUGCAGGCAAGCUAAUGGUAUUCCAUUCAUCUUUACCCAUUGCUGACGCACCUGGAAAACUUAAAAAUAGGGACGAUCGAAAACUUAUUGGUACAGAUAAAGAAAAAAGUAUCUUGGCGCCUCAAAGCAGUUUUUAUAAUAAUCUUGGACAAGACUGUGUUGGGGCUGGUUGCAGUGUAGACUUAUUUGUCUUCAAUAAUUCAUAUGUCGAUAUUGCAACGAUAGGCCAAGUUGCUAGACUUACGGGCGGUGAAGUUUACAAGUAUACUUAUUUCCAAGCUGAUGUUGAUGGAGAGAGACUGAUUACAGAUAUCAUAAAUAAUAUUAGUAGACCUGUUGUAUUUGAUGCAGUUAUGCGCGUCCGAACGUCUACUGGCGUUAGACCUACGGACUUUUAUGGAAACUUUUAUAUGUCUAAUACCACUGAUAUUGAAUUAGCUAGUAUAGAUUGUGAUAAGGCUCUCGCUAUUGAAAUUAAGCACGACGAUAAAUUAACAGAAGACGAGGGCGUUUAUAUUCAAGCAGCAUUGCUUUACACAUCUUGUAGUGGCAUCCGAAGGUUACGAAUUAUUAACUUGAGUCUAAAGACUUCAUCACAAAUGGCAGAACUUUAUAGAGCAUGCGACCUAGACGCUGUAAUCAAUUUCUUAUUCAAGCAAAGUGUUUUCAAGCUUGUAGAGUCUUCUUCUAAGCAAAUUAAAGACAAUUUGAAUACAAGGUGUGCUACUAUUUUAGCAUCUUACAGAAAGCACUGCGCAUCGCCUUCAAGUGCUGGUCAAUUAAUACUCCCUGAAUGUAUGAAACUUUUGCCCCUUUAUAUAAAUGGAAUACAGAAGAGUGAUGCCAUUACUGGAGGUGGUGGAAUCACGAUUGAUCAAAAAUCUUAUAUAAUGAUGGCCGUCGCCACAAUGCCUAUUAUCGAAAGCGUUGCACACGUUUAUCCUCGAUUACUUCCUCUUCAUGAUGUUGAUCCGCAAAAAAAUGACUUUCCUCCUAUGUUACGUUGCUCGAUCGAUAAAUUUAUGGACGAUGGUGUCUAUUUAUUAGAAAAUGGUAUUCAUAUGUUUUUAUGGUUGGGCUCUGCUGUAAGUCCACAAUGGGUGCAAUCAGUAUUUGGAGUUCCGUCAGUAAAUCAAGUCGAUACUGACAGGACUACAAUUCCAAACUUAGAUAAUCCAUUAAACAAACAAAUCAGAGACAUUAUUGUCUAUGUUCAGAGCGAAAGACGUUAUAGCAUGCGGUUGACUCUCACGAAACAACGAGACAAAAUGGAAAUGGUGAUGCGUCAGUUCUUGAUAGAAGAUCGCGGUGCAGACGGCAGUCAAGGAUACGUGGACUUUUUGUGUCAUAUGCACAGGGAAAUUCGAACGCUUCUUAGCUAGUAAAUAUUAAAUUAAAUUAGCAGCAUCUCGAGCCGCAUUUUAAUAAAAACAAAAAUCUAUUUAAGUAGAGUAAAAUGAAUGUUUUGGUGUGAGAGAGUUUGGCGACACAAAUGAGAAAUUGUAAAACAGUCGAGAGAUAAUGAAUUAGCAGCAGGGAAUUUUAAGUUAAUAUACAAAAAGUAAUUUUGAAAAAAGCGUAUAAUUAUUAUUCGUAUUGGGUCGGUAGCCUUACUAUAUUGUGUAUAUUUAUAGUAAAGCUAAAUUUAUUGUUAAGGUGUAAUAAAGAAUUAUAAAUUUAUAUACUGAGCCAAAAACUGUUAAAUGAUCAAUGAAUUAUUUUAUUCUAUAGAAGUAUAUUUAAUUCUCCGAUUAUAUAUGUGUAUAUUACUUUUUUUGUUUUAGUCCAUGUAUAUUAAUAUUACAAUGCAAUUACAUCACAGUUGAAACAAAGAUAUCGAAAAUGUGUUUA